AUGUCUACAGCUAUGAAGGAAAUCAACAAGCUUCGCAAGAAGGCCGGCUACAACAUGGACUUCUCCGUUGGCCGCCGUACAGGAGUAGAGAUCAUCUCUGACGAGGAAGCCCAGGAGCUCUGGUUGGAGAAUAGACUGAAGAAGCGUGAAAAGCCAGAGAGCCCUGUUCAGGGCGUCAAGCAUUUUGAUAUCACAGAGUUGGUGGAGGAUAUCAAUAAGGACAUGGAUGGAGAUGCGGCAGAAAAUCACAAGAAGGAGAUCAAGGAGAUCCAGGCAGCGAAGCAGGAGGCAUACAUGGAUCCUGAUCGUCUAGCCAUGAUCCAGGGCGAGUGGGAUCAUUCUCACGCCGCUCGAGAGCAGGAGAUCCGCGAAUGCCAUAAGUGCUACGACCUUCGCUAUCGAAACCGCCGUCACCCCGUCUGUGAAGAGCACCGCACAUCCUACAAUAACGUCCUCACCGACGUUCCACUCUGCCCACACAUCGAUAUGCGCCUGUUCUGGUACGCGUCCGAUCCCGCUAACAAGCAGGACUCAUGGUUCUUCGACGUGACGCACGUCCACGCCCACGACUUGCACGCUCACGAAGCCUGCAAGGGCAGCAUCAAGAGCGUCAUGAACGGCAUCGACGAAAUUAUCAAGCAAGUCUCCAAGACGAUGGAGCGUAGGAGCCUCCGCGCACCUUCGUCAGUCAGUCGCCUCAUCCGGCAGCUCCCCGCUGUUCUUUAUCUUCAUGAGGUGGACGACAGUCAUGUUGAAACGGUGAAGAAGGUCGACGAGGCGGAGGCUAGGGCCUACGCGAAGCAAAUCAAUAAAAAGAUGAGCGCGUGGGAUAUGAAGAUUGCGAAGUUAAUAGCGAGUCAGAAGCAGAAUAUUGUGUUCGGAAAGGAAGCGAUGAAGGUUACUGCGAAGGAGGCUAUGAAGCCGAUGAAGAAAGCUGGGAAUCCUAAUGAGCCGAAGAAUAGGUUUCAGCUUUCCCAGACGAAGCCUAAGAAGGCUAAGCCUGCUACAGAGGAGACUGAAGAGAAGGUUAUUGCCAGUGGAAAGUCUACUUUACAGAACGAGUUCACGAAGGCUAAGCUUACUUCUAAGCAGUCAGCCAAAAAGAAGCAGUCUCCGUCGGAGAGGUCCAAGUUGAGCGAAGGAUUGAUUUAUGACAGCGAUGAUGGCCUCUCAAAUGGUGCCUCCACUUCAGAUACAGUCGAAGAGAAAAAGGGUUUAAAGCGCAAGGUGUCUGACGACAAUAAUGUGUCGUCUUGCGAUGAAGAGGUCCAAGAGCCUCCCACGAAGAAGCGUAAGGCUUCUACCAAAGAGAACGAAGGUAAUGAGGCCGCGCAGCAACCUACGUCAGACACCGAAGCCACCACUUCCGAUGCUAAGUCUUCCGAGGCAGGAAAGCCCUCUUCGCCUGCCACUGAGCUUUCUACCGAGCCUUCUGAGGAGGUGUCCCAGGACCAGGCGACGGAAGACAUCACUGAGGACCCUCAAAACACUACCGAGCAGCUAGCCUUGUCCAAGAAGCGCAAGACUUCAUCUAACGGGGAGUUCGAGACUGGACAUACCACAAUCAAGAAGCGCAAGGUUUCGAUCGGCGAAGAGGAAAAGACCGAGACUGUCACCGAUGAUGAAACCAUUGUCAUCUCAGCCUUGAAGGCCAAGAUUUUCGAAACGGUUUCCGAUGUCAACCGAUUGCCCACGCCACCGGACACAAACCCCGCCACUCCUGACGCCGAAGCUCCUCCCUCUCCAUCAGAGAUCCCUUCGCUUUCGCUUGAGACUGCUGUCAAGCAACCUCUUACCUUAUCUACUAGCCGGCGCAGCUCCACUGAUAGUCAUAGCAGCGAGAAGAGCUCAAAGUCUGUGCGAUUCCCGAAGGAAACCGACGAGGCCGAAGACAGGGAGCAGCCAACAUUCGUGUCACCGAAGGUUAGUGUUUCCCAGCAGGGCAGUUUCGCGACUAUUGGUGACAAUGAGAGCAUGGAGGAUGAGGUUGACUAUGACAGUGGCGACGAGUAG